CACGUGCGCUGGAAAUGCGCACGCCUGUUUCUGCUAAUUGCGGGAUGCGAUUGGUCACCUGUGAGGACGCCAGGUUAAGUUGGGCGCUUUUAAACUGUUGUUGAAGAUUCGGUGGUCAGAGCAGGGAAAGCACCGCGAGCAGAGCCGAACCGAGCCGAACCGGAUCUAGACUAUUUUCUUUGGAGAAACCAAGAGAGAGAAGCGAUAUGACUCUGUUCAGUGUUCGACAAGUUUUUCUUCUGUUUUUAUUCGGGUUUCUCUGGUACCGAAGAACAACAGAGGCAAGUCCUUUCAAUCAAUGGGAAGAUGGCACAGCGUUGCAAAAGGUGCGAGGCAUCCGCAGUGACGAUCUGAGUAAUGUGUUGUGGAGGGACCAAAAUGAGGAGCAAGUCCAGAAUAUUUUCAAAAGGUUCCUGUUUCAUUACUCCAAAGCACGCAACUCUCUCGGAGCCGUACAGCAUGAGUCUCACUCCGUUCACCCUCUGAUGCGACUCUCACCAAAGCUCUCUCAGAGAAGAAAGAAAAAGGUGGUACUUCUGAAGAUUCGAGGCCUGCCGGAGGGGAUGUUGUAAAGAAAAACAAAAUCGAUAGUGAGAUUAUUUUUAAAGAAAAGCAGCUGGAUGAUCAACCGAUGACAAGCCAUAUGCAGCACCUGACUACUCCUUCCAGAUGGAAACAACUUUUCGUUAAUAAAUUGUGUGUAAAGAUGGAAAAAAAUAGAACUGCA